AUGAGAACAACCAGACUUCCAUUGAAGCAAGCAACCCAAAUUCGCUGCCUCAACACAAGUUCAGUCAAUCGAGCUCAACCAGCAGCCCAAACCAAGACUCAACAGCCCCAUCGAACUCAAUUAUACAUUGGUGGAGAGUUCUUCGAGUCUCAAACAUCAAAAUGGUUUGAAUUACGAAAUCCCGCUACUCAAGAGCUUGUGACGAUGGUACCACAGGCUACCCCACAAGAACUGAAGCAUGCUGCACGAAGUGCUGAAGAUGCAUUCAAGACUUGGAAAAAGACAAGUGUUUUGACUAGACAGCGUGUUAUGCUCAAUCUACAGGCUCUUAUUCGUGACAACAUGGACGAACUAGCAAAAUCCAUUACCACUGAACAAGGAAAGACAUUCGGUGACGCCAAAGGCGAUGUAUUACGUGGAUUACAAGUCGUAGAGAAUGCAUGUGGUAUUCCAACCAUGUUGCUGGGUGAAACUUUACCUGUUUCUUCUGAUAUGGACACGUAUACUAUACGACAGCCUUUAGGUGUUGUUGGUGGUAUUACGCCAUUCAAUUUCCCUGCCAUGAUUCCUCUCUGGAUGUUCCCACCAGCAAUUGCAUGUGGUAACACCGUCGUCAUCAAACCAUCUGAACGAGACCCUGGCUGCAUGAUGCUCUUAGCCAAAUUGGCUGAAGAAGCUGGUGUUCCCAAAGGUGUCUUGAAUGUAGUUCACGGUGGUGUUGAUACCGUCAACUUUAUAUGUGAUGAGCCAGCUAUUAAAGCUAUAUCAUUCGUUGGAUCUGACCAAGCUGGUCAGUAUAUUUUCGCUCGUGGUACCGCUACUGGUAAACGAGUUCAAGCCAAUUUGGGUGCCAAGAACCACGGUGUCAUUGUACCUGAUGCAAACAAGAACCACACCCUCAACCAAUUAUCUGGUGCUGCUUUUGGUGCCGCUGGACAACGAUGCAUGGCCUUGUCCACUGUAGUAUUUGUGGGUGAAUCACAAAAAUGGUUGCCAGAAUUAGUGGAACGAGCAAAGAAGCUUAAAGUUUCUGGUGGUUUUGAGCCUGAUGCGGAUUUGGGUCCGUUGAUUACACCACAGGCCCAAAAGCGUGUAGAAGACUUGAUUCAAUCCGCUGCUGAUGAAGGUGCUACCAUCUUGUUAGAUGGACGUGGUAUCAAGCCCAAGGGUUACGAAAAAGGGAACUUUGUGGGCCCAACAAUCAUAGCCAAUGUAACACCAUCCAUGAAAUGCUACACUGAAGAAAUCUUUGGCCCUGUCUUGGUCUGUUUGAAUGCUGAUACUUUGGACGAUGCUAUUGAAAUCAUCAACAAGAACCCUUACGGUAACGGAACUGCCAUCUUCACCAAUUCUGGAAGUGCUGCCAGGAAAUUCCAAGAUGAGAUUGAUGUUGGUCAAGUCGGUAUUAACGUUCCAAUUCCCGUACCAUUGCCCAUGUUCUCAUUUACUGGCAGUCGAGGAAGUAUUCGAGGUGACUUGAACUUCUACGGCAAGUCAGGAAUUUCCUUUUAUACUCAGAUCAAGACUGUUACCGCUCUUUGGAGGUCUGAGGAUGCUACAGGUACUCGUUCAGCAGUAAAUAUGCCAACAAAUCAUUAA